AUGCAGCCCAUCUACCAAUUCCACGGCAAAUGGCCCUUCCACCGCUUCAUGGGCAUGCAAGAGCCGUUUAGCGUCAUCUUCUCCCUCUUCAACUACCUCGCGCACGACUGGGGCAUGUCGCAGCUCCGCGACAAGAUUCCCGCGUCGUACCCGCUGCGGAAAUACUACCUGUGGUUUGGCUACGUGGGCCUGGCGAGCUGGACGUUCAGCAUGAUAUUCCAUACCAGAGACUUUGGGGUCACGGAGAAGCUGGACUACUUCGCUGCGGGCGCGAACGUUCUGUACGGGCUGUACUAUGCGCCUAUCAGAGUAUUCCGACUCGACAGGAAGGAGCCGAGGAAACAGAGCUUGCUGAGGCUCUGGACAGGACUGUGCAUUACGUUGUAUACGUUGCAUGUCUUGUACCUCUCGCUCUGGUCCUGGGAUUACACGUACAACAUGGCUGCCAAUGUCGCUGUUGGUAUCGUGUCCAACCUGCUCUGGAGCGGCUUCAGUUACGUUCAGUAUCAGAAGAUUGGGAGGACCUGGGCUGUCUGGCCGGGCCUGUGUGUUGCCUGGAUCAUCUUGGCUAUGAGCCUGGAGUUGUUGGACUUCCCGCCUUGGAUGGGCAUGGUUGAUGCGCACAGCCUGUGGCAUCUGGGUACGGUUUUGCCGACCGUUUUGUGGUACAACUUCCUCAUCAGAGACGCUCAGGAAGACAUUGCAGGUACGCGCCUCAAGGAUUGA